AUGGCGGCGAGCGGCGCGGCGCGGGGCCGGAGCCGCUCGGACACCGCCGGCCCCGCUCGCCCGGCCCGGCCACGGCCACGGCCACGGCCACGGCACCGGCACCGGGCCCGGCGCUCCGCGGAGGCGGCCCCGGCAGCCGACCCCGCACAGCCCGCGGGGGAAACAGCCGACACGGCGAGCCCGUGUUCAUCACAUGAAGCUGCUGAAGGACAACCUGCAAAGAGGAUGAAAUAUGAAGAAAGCGUUCUAAAAUCAGAACUAGAGGUAUUCACGUGUGAAAGUGGAAACCUUGCUGCACUGGGGGAAACACCUAAAGCGUCUGAUGGGGAUGGAGGUUCAGAAGAUCCAAGAGAUAGCAGUAUAAUCCAACAGGAAAAAGAUGAAAGCAUUCCAGAGACUGAUGAAGAGAAGCAGGAGAAGGAGCAUGGUGUUUCUCUGGGGCCACACGCUGUGAAUUCCAGCGGUGCUCCAUUAAAACUGAGUGGAUAUCUGCACCACUAUCAUGUGUUCAGCGAAGAGGAGAGCAGCUGUGGGAGCUUUGACGGGGCCACCUCGGAGGACACAGAUCACCCGCGGAGGCAGAUGUUCCUGGAGCACAGCAGCGGCCUCUCGGAUGAGGACAGCAACCAGCCCAUGCCAGUGCACCGCUUCUUCGGAGAUGUUGAACUGCAUCUCCCAGCAGUUGUGCUCCCGAGCGUGACGAGGAGCAGGCGAGAAGCCAGGAAGCUCCAUUUCAUUGCAAAAGAAGAUGAUGAAGAUGAGGAGGAGGAUGAUGUCUAACAACAAACUGCAAACAAAUUAAACGGUUCUUCUUUCUCUUUCUGACCACAUGGCAAUGGCUGUGUCGGUAACAUGAGGUGUCUGUUUGCCUUUUCUCAGGGAGACAACUGGGAGAGUUUGUUUAGCUGGAAUUGGUAGAUACAGUAUUCCACUGAUUAUCUGGGGAAAAUACUGAAUUUUCAGUUAUUUGAAAAUAAAGUAUAAUUUAUCACUUUAGCACUGAUAUUUCAGAAAAAAAAAAAAAACCAAAACCCAGGGAAUAUAGAAGUUCUUAUGGCUUUUUUGUAAAUUUCAGCCUCUUGAGAAAGUAUUUGGUUUCACUCCUUUUUUUUUUUCCAAAUAGUCAAGGAAAGGAUGCUGGAGCAAGGUUCUUUUUCUUUUAAUUCUGCAAUGUCUGUGGCAUCCAGGUAAUAAAGGAGAGCAAACUAACUCCCUAGUAUAAAGAAGGUCAAGGGUCUUCCUUGUGUGGGUUGUUUACACCUAACCCAGGACCAAUUAAACCUCUAAAAUGCAGUUCUGCUGGCAAAAUGAAAUGCAGGAUGUCAGAAUGGAUUCAGUGUGCUCAUCUCUGCGAGUUCAGCACGUUUGCAUUGCAUGUCAGCUCCCCAAACACCCACCCUGUGAUGCUGCCUCCUCCCUCCACCUACUGCUCUUAAGUGUUGUCCUUUGUUGAUUUCCAACUGGUUUUCAGCAGGGAUUUUGGAAAGAAAUGCUUUGGUGGUGAUACACAACGAAUACCAUCCCUUGGAUUUGAUGGACAGAGGAAGAUUGCUAAGGCUGUGAGGCAGCCACCUCUGCAUGUUAAAGAAAAAAAAAGGGGGCAACCUAAGCCAAUUCCAGGAACUGUUAAUUCACCCAGUGUUUGUGGGAAUAUUUCUUUGAAAGUGUGAUUAUGCAAUAAGCUUCUAGAUAUUUAUUGUUAUAGCUCCUUCUAUGUUUCUAAAAAUGGAGAGAAAAUGUUAUCAGCAGAUGGUUUAAAUAAAUAUUAAUUUCUACAGCUA